CAGAUUUUUGAACUGUCAAAGUUUGGAUGCUAAGAUGCAAGUUUUAUUAGGUUAACUCAACAAAAAAUAUUAUAAUUAAUUGAUUAAAUGUAUAUAUGUUUUCUGAAACGCUGUUUAACGGUUGGUGCUCUUCAUUUCGCAGCUGGACAGGCAAACGAAAAAAUAAGCCAAUAACCUCACAGCACACGAAUAUCGCUGUCGGGCGGAGAAAGGUGGAUUCAUCCGUAAACGGCCAUCGGACCAACAUCUAAGUUAACAUAUUUUUCCUUAAUUUUCCAUGCGUUGAACUCUAUUUAAUUCAACCGACACCGUAGCUUUUUGCUUGUUCCUGCAACAUGCUGUGAAUGCAUUUCGGCAAACGCGCAUGGAAUUCUUGUUGUCUUUCCGAAAUCAAACGUACAACCGGCUUCGGAAGAAGAGCCACCUAAGAAAACGGCAAUUCAGAAGAAAAACGUUUUCUCGUAAUUUAAAAUUUUAAUUUUUAUUCUGUGUGUUUUAGGGUUGCUAUUCUGUGAUACGCAUACUGAUAUCAACGUAUAAAAACUCAAUAAUCGGGAAAAGAGGCCAAAUUACGCUGGUAUUCCACACUGCCCCUACUGGUUGAAUCGUGGUUUUUAGCAAAAUAAUUGAAUGCUUUUAAUUAUGACGACAGAUACAAUGAAAAAGAAGGAGGGGAACGAGGGGGAAUUUUCAUCCAUACCCAGGUCAUCAUUGUCCCACACAAACCACUCGGAAUGUCACGAAACCUGCUGGAGACAAUUUCUGAGUCCUUUUAUUUCCGAGAGCAAUACAUCAAAUGGUUGACGUGCUGAUGAAAUAAAAGGCAGAAGGUUUCGGCCACACAAAAAAUGAUAAGACGAAACGGGAGCAAUUGUCCCAAUGUUGAGAAACAUCUUUUAGUGCUUUUUUAGGAAAAUUAAGCAAAAGACACAACGAGGACCGCAGAGGACUGCUUAAAAAAAAAAAACAAUAAAAAAAAAACAACAUGGAAUGGUCAGGAUUCCUUAUUGAAUUGCGCAAACUUGAGUGCAAUGGACGGCCUCGUUCAGGGCAGUGAAUGAUCUGUGGGAAAAGCCAUCAUUAAUAUUUAGAGGAGUGAAAAUCAAGCUUUUCGAUGAGGCAGAAAUAUGAUUAUUGAGAGUGGUCAGUUCCCGACAAUUGCUUUCUAUGACCGGAACAUUUAUUACUGGUAGCAAACCCGAUAAGCAAAUGCAGAUCAGCGGCACGUAUCCCAACAGUACCAGAUAACUACUAUCAGGCCGACUUCAAAAGAUUGAAGUACAUGACAUUUUAUAAGAAGUGCUAUGCAGCCACUUGCAGGCUAGUCAACCACGGUGCUGUACAGUUUACGAAAUGGCUCCAAAUGAAGAACCGCAAAAGAGCUCUGUCGAAACAAAGGUUAAAUACUUAGAGGUGUUAUUUAAUACGAUUAAUCACGCUCUGAUAGGAUAUGUCACUAUAUAUUUAUCCUACGUUUCGUACAUGAAUGGAUUCGAGCAUCUUUUCACGUGGCACAUAUUCCUUUGUGCUGUCGGGUAUCAUUUCUUCAUGGCGGAGUCCUUCCUGACACUGUACUCUUCCAAUUCAUGGACAUCACUGAACACGGCAGGAACGAAGCGCCACAUACAUUGGAUUCUGCAAACCAUCGGUUUUGUGGCGAUAUUCACUGGAACUGGCAUUGAGAUAUACAUGAAGGAGCGAAACAAACGAUCGCACUUUAAAUCGGACCACGCAAUAACAGGUUUAGUGUCGAUGGUGUUCAUCGUUCUAUCAUUACUAAACGGAAUAGCAUCAUAUUUUUCAUUGAAAAUUAAGCAUAUCAUAAGACCUGUCUAUGUCAAACUUGGUCACUAUCUUACAGGAAUAGUAGCUUUCGUCAUUGGAAUGGUUUCACUUGCUUUGGAAUACUCACCAAGGAGAAUGCAAUCUGUCGAGAAUAAAAAUAUGUUGAUUUCAUUCACUACGAUCGUGAUAGCUCUUACUUUGGUUGGUGCUGUGAAGACGAUGUACGGUCAAUUUAAGGGUCUGUGUCGAUAAUAUUCAUAGUGAGUUUUGCACAUUGGCCUUUGAGAUUAUAAGUAUAAGAUCAUGUCAAGUCAUUCAGUUCAUCGUGAUUGAAAGAUUGUUUCACACCAGUAUAAGAAAAACAUCUCGAACAUCAGGUUGAAUAUUUUUUUAAUGUCAUUAAGCGAAGAUGACAAGCCCUUCGAUUUGUUUUUUUUUAUAAAACAUGA